AUGGAGCAGAAAGUUUUAGCAAUUCACCACAAGUCUCUAAAGCGCAAGCGCAAUGAAGCUGAGCAUAGCGAUGAGGCCCUCUCACUGCCAUCACAUGGAACCCAGCAUGAUGCAGAAAACAUGCCAGAGAGCCAUGAUCAGGGAGCCAUGAAAGCCUCUGGAACUUGCCCACAGGGAACGGUGGCUAGCCGGCUGCAGGAUCUCGAUAUUCAAUCUCCCGCCGCCAUGCAUGAAGAGACCUCUGAGGUACAUGCUACGGAAGAGAAAGCCCAACCCGGGAGAAUAGAGAGCAUCAAAGAACAGCAUACUUCGGAUCAUGCUACGAAACCACUCGCCACAAGUACGGAGACGCCAGCACUCGAAGGAAAUGAAAAUAUAGGCGACAAAGCAGACAUUGCUACGAAACCUUCACCAUCUACCAGCAAAGCUCGUUCAGAUAUGGCCGAGUCCUCGCACCCAAGCUCGCCUCCUCCAUGCCAUGAAACCGCCAGCAUUGAUCCGGAUGAAGAAUCAUUGACCUGGGACGACUCGGAAAUAACAGGCCACCAUGCCACAGACCCAAACGAUGAUGGGUAUGGUUUGAACGGAAUUGGGUUCAAACCAUCAGCAGAAGUAGCAUGGGACAGAUCACAGCGACGAAAGGAACAGGUAGCCGAAUGGGAGAGGCGUGAGGCUCGUGAGGCGCGAGAGGCACGGAGUAGACGAAGACGGACGCGUGACGGCAUUGAUCCGGAUAUGAUAAUAGCAGCAGAUAAUCCCAAACAGAAGAGGGUCAAAUUCGAUGAUUGA